AGAUUUGUAUGGAAAAUAGCUAGAGAGAUAUGUCUUACUCAAGAAGGUCAAGAUACUCUCCAUCGCUGUCUCCUUAUGACAAGCGUCGUGGAAGGUCUCUCUCAAGGUCAUUGUCUAGAAGCCGGUCAAGUUUCUCAAGCGAUGCUGAGAAUCCUGGUAACAGUUUAUAUGUAACUGGAUUGUCUCACCGGGUAACUGAAAGAGAUUUGGAGGAUCAUUUCGCUAAAGAAGGAAAGGUAACGGAUGUUCACCUUGUCCUGGACCCAUGGACUAGAGAAUCUCGCGGAUUUGGUUUUAUCUCUAUGGAAAGUGUUGGUGAUGCUAACCGUUGCAUCAGAUAUCUAGAUCACUCUGUUCUGCAGGGCAGAGUCAUUACAGUUGAGAAGGCAAGGCGCCGUAGAGGACGUACUCCAACUCCAGGAAAGUACUUGGGGCUGAGAACCGCUCGGGGACGCCAUAACUCUCCUAGCUACUCUCCCUGCAGGUCUGUUAGCUGCUCUCGUAGUCGUAGUCGAAGCUACUCAUCUGAUCGGAGCAGAUCUUAUUCUCCAAGCUAUGGGAGGAGAGGAAGAGGAAGAGACCGGUCCUAUUCGCCUUACUACCAAGGGAGAGACAGGUCCUACUCACCUGAAAGUCGUCACUACAGAAGGUACAGGUCGGUAUCGAGAAGCGUAAGCCCUGGGAGGAGAAGCAUGUCAUGGAGCACAUCCCCAAAGAAGGGAAGGAAAGAGAGCAGAAGCAAGUCUCGCAGGCGCGACAGGCAAUCUUCAAUGAGUCAUUCAAGGAGCGCAAGAUCAAGCACCUCCAGAUCCGUCAGCCCAUAACAGUCUCUAGUUUGGGACUUGUGUAUUCCUUGUAUUUGUGAAUUGAUGAUAGAAUGGUGCUGUACGGUUUGGUGUUUGAUGUUAGGAUCCUUAUUAUCAGUUAUAUGUAAACGUUGCUUGGGCGACAUAUUGCAUCAGU